ACACGGGACAAACUAUCUUCAUCUCCAAGCCGGCCUCGAGCCCUCGUGAUACACUUCCUCUUGAGGCGAGCCCGAUUUCUAAAUGCGUAUGAAAUUUUCAUGAAUUCUCGUCCCUCAUUUUUGACACAGUUUCGGCUCUCUAGACCCCGCCUUUCCUUCCCUUUCCUCGAUGCCUCUUUCUUUCUCUGUCAACGAUCAUGGACGGUGAUCCGAAGGUCGAGUCGCAGCUCGAUUCGUUCAGCUUGACCUUCCCCCUCCCUUAUCGCAUAGGGUUCAUCAUCAUUCUUGCCGUCUGGGGCUGGGGUGUUAACCUGCACUACCUCCACAAAGCGAAGAUCGAUGUACCAUCUCUGAUUCGAUAUCCCUCUCGAUCCUCCCCGACGGAGCCGGCGCAUCACCUCUCGACCUACCGUCUUGCGACCGUCCUUUCUACGGUGUUCUUCCUCUCAAUAUCGACAUUCUGGGUCUUCACUCGACGAACCCCCUCCCUCGUCAUCGAAUAUGACUGGUUACCGAUGACCUACCUCGUCGCUCUCGUCGCUCUGUUUUUCGUCCCGAUUCGCAACUUCUCGCAAGGCGGCCGCUCGAGGUUUCUUGCCACACUGCGCCGCGUUAGCAUCGGUGGCCUGGCAGAGGCCAAGGAUGGCAAGUUUGGAGAUAUUCUUCUGGCCGAUGUGUUGACGAGCUACUCCAAAAUCCUGGGAGAUCUCUACGUCGUGCUAUGCAUGUUCUUCACACCCUCGGGCUCCUCGACUGCUCGGCCAGACCGCAACUGCGGCGGGACAGUCAUAGUUCCGCUCAUCAUGGCUGUGCCAUUCGCGAUCAGAUUUCGGCAAUGUAUUAUCGAGUACCUGCGCGUUCGGCGAGCGCCUUACAAGGAAUCGGCCGGCUGGGGCGGCCAGCAUCUGGCCAACGCCACCAAGUACGCCACGGCCUUCCCGGUCAUUAUCCUCAGCGCACUGCAACGGAGCAUCCCGGCCGACCAACCGGCGCCCGGUCUGAACAGAGCAUGGUUGAUGGCCGUGCUGGUUAACUCCCUCUACUCCUGGUAUUGGGACGUCGCCAAGGACUGGGACCUUACACUAUUCUCGUCCGCACGCGAACGCAACAACCCGGAACAUCCGUUCGGCCUUCGCCGGCAACUCGUGUUCCGGCAGCCGAUCAUCUACUAUGGGGUCAUCGUGAUGGACUUGAUGCUGCGGUGCACCUGGGCAGUCAAGCUGAGCGCGAACUUGGACAAGUUCACCGACUUUGAGAGUUCUAUUUUCCUACUGCAAUCGCUCGAGGUGUUUCGACGGUGGGUCUGGAUCUUCUUCCGGGUUGAGACGGAGUGGAUUAGGAACAACACUACGGGGCUGGCGGUUGACGACAUCUUGCUGGGAGACUACCAGGGCAAGUAUGAUUCUGACGAAGAUUAGGAGCUAUGCUUGCUUCCUUGAUGAGAUAGAUCCUGUAAUAUACAUGUGUGGCUAUGUAUGUUUGGAGUUAUGGGUCUAGAAGGCAGUGGACUUGACCAGGUUCCGAGGGGCUUCAACCCAUAAGACAUAGAUUUACUUCCUGUCGGAUGUGGAUGGACUUGACAUAAUCUUCUAUCGCAUUGGUAACAGC